AUAUGCGAUCAUUUUUCUGUAUGUGACGACGUUACAAUAACUGUAGAGGUUCGUCGAUUGGAAAUGGAUGGUUCAGAUAACACUGUAAAAGGAGCCCUAUCCCAGGCACGGCAUUGGCUUGAAUAUGCAGAUUGGCAAAAAGCUUUCUUAUUAUUAUAUCAAGUAGCGAAGUUAAUAAAGUCAAAAGGACGUCUUCUUAACUUUAUUGAUACACUUUACGUAUAUCAACCACAAACAACAGUCCAGCUCGCUCACCUAGUUCGCCUUACAAAUCGGAUUAUUUUGACUUUGGAACCACUUGAUGACAUGGAAGUCAAUGUUGUUGCAAGAAUGCUACAAUUAAUUUCAUCCACCUUUAAGUUAAUAAUUAAUAGUAAUGAACUUAACACUUUAAUGGAUAGUUACUAUGAAACAAUGGUAAAUGAACUGUGCGACAUUCUUAACAAAUUUAAUUCAGAGUGGGAAUACAUACCGAAAUCUCAAUGUCGCGCAGAAUCUCAAUCCUGUCUAAACAUUGAUAACUUUAGAAAUAGACUUGAACAAAUGUCCACUCUAAAACCUCAAGGUUUAGAGCAUAUUAAUAACUGGUUACAUGCUCAUUGGAAGUUAAGCAGCUGUCUAUUUUAUAUGGGAAUGGGCACAGCACGCCGUCUUCAUCCUGAGGAAGGCCCAAAACUAAUAGAGCGAUCAACUUUUACUAUGCGUAUGGAAAGUUUUGACUUAGACCAAGAUAGAAACAUAGAAUUUGAAUCUGCCGACUCUAUGCAUACGCUUGUUUUUACUGACAAACUUCUUGAAGAAUUAAAACGACGACUUCGAACUGACGAAGUUCUUAUUUCUAUACGAAGUCACAAGCAGAGCCCAUAUUGGUGGUAUCCAGAGCAGGAGUCCCACACUCAAGUACUCGUAGUUAAUGCAUAUACAAUAAAUAAUAUUUGGAAAAAAUCUGAAGAGGUUGCCGAACCAUUUCAAUAUAUUUCAAAAUUGAAAAUGAAUUUUUCGGCAGGUGAUCUAUUAAAUGAGGAGCCAUCACGACAGUUCUCUAAUCGUGGAAUAGACUUUGACGACCCUGAGGAAGAUGUCGAAAACGUCAUUCAUGAUUGUGUGUAUACUCCAUUAGAAGUUCGUAUGUAUCGAACUGAGCUAUAUGGACAUUCAGUUCUCGGAGUUACUUUUACCCAAGCGGAUAUAGAUUAUUGCGUACUAAUACGGAUGACUAAUAUACCAAAAUUAAUUGAUAUGGAAAGAGAAGGCUCUACUUGUCUAGUGAGAGCUAGAAUCCUACAACCAACCACUUUAUUGUUAAGGAAUCGCUGUGAGAAAUCUCGACCGGUGUAUAUUUAUCUUCGCGCUGCUAAUUUAUCUGAACCUUGGGAUAACUUUUACCACUCUGGAGCUUUUUUUACUUUUACCACAGACAUACGUAGUUGUCGAAUUUGGAAUUAUGAUCGGCCUGAACCAAGUUGGCAAAACUUUGCUUGCAUGCCUGAAAUGAACAAAAGUUUACAUUUUGGAAUACAUUGUCGUUGCAAUUAUAUCAGUGACUUUGAUGCAGAUGCUAUGCCAAUAAUUGCAGUCCCAAUGAAUUUAAAAUGCCACUUGGAACGGCCUAUCUUGGCACAUAGUUAUCAAACAAUAAUAUUCUUUUUCUCUUUAUCAUCAUUUGGAAUAAUAUAUAUAUUUUAUAGCAUGCAAGCCACUUUUCAUUGGGAUAAAAAGUUAUAUACUGAACUAUAUCCAAUAGGUGGAAAAUGUUACCGAGGUGAUCUUAUUUUAAGGUGUACUUUCGGGGGAAGAUAUAACGCUGGCUCAUCAGCUAAUAUUAUUUUUUCCUUUAAAUUUUCAAAACAAACAAGGCAUAUAAUAGUAUUUCAAGACCCAGUCUUUAGAACAUUCAACAGGAAUAGUACAAUAUCUAUUCGAUUACAACAAAAACCUUUCUCUAUACCAACUGCAAUUGCAAUUCGGCACGAUAAUUCAGGAAUUUAUCCAAACUUUUUUUGUAGAAAUGUUUUGGUAUGCGAUUUGCAUACUAAUGAAGUGCAAUUCGUAUCAAUUCAGCAAUGGGUUCAAGGUUAUAAAGUACAUACUGUUUAUAAAACGGGAAAAACAUUUUCUCUGACAAAUACCGAUGAAAAAAAAUUUCAGACCGGCAAGCUUCGUUUCUUAAACGCUAUGGAAAAUUAUAUGGGAAACUGGUAUCUAUUUCAACCAAUUAUUGGACCAUGGCGUUUUGGGACAGAGAGGAUGGCGUUUUGCAGAUGGGAAAGAAGUUGCAUUUUUAUAGGAAAACUUUUUGUUGCUAUUACCUUUGUAGUAAUAUUUUUCGGACGCACUGAACCAAUGGCAUGCGAUCCCAAUCCAAAAAAAUAUAAUGACAUUGAUGUAGUAUUUCGGCUCUGCUUUCUUUGUUAUAUAGCCAAUUCUUGUAUACAAGCUUUCUUGGAAACAGCGUUUAGAGUGAUCGGAGCUUACGAUUUUAUUUAAAUAUAAUCCUAAAAUCGUCGUGAACAUUUA